AUGGAGUCCUCGCGGGGUAAGAAGCACUGGCCCUCGCCCAUCCCCGGGUGCCGGUACCUCACUGCGUCGGAGGCGGCGCGGAUGCAUGACCACCUGCCGCUGUUGAACGUUGGCUUCUCCAUGCGCCGUCGCUUUCUGGCGCGGGACAACCAGUCGGACCGGAAUGGGUCCCGCAGCGGCGACACCUGGCUCUUCUUCCAUGCAGACACCUUCGAGGCGGCGUUGCUGCAGGCACCGGAGAAGCACUGGUUCCUGAAGCGCUUGAAGCCGCCCCGCUUGGCGCCCACGGCGGAAGGCUACUACUACAACUUCCGCAAUGACGUGAUUGCUGACGACCCGUCGCACAUCAUGUCAAAGGCUCAUGAGCAGAAGGCCAUCGCGCUGCUGCAGAAGAACAUCCGGGGCGCCAUCACCCGAAAGCGCAUCAAGAAGGAGUUGAAGGCGGCGAAGAUCAUCCAGAAGAGCAAGCGGAUGUGGGACGUGAGGAAGGCGAAGACCGAGACUGCGAAGAACCUCCAACUGCUGAAAGGCUGGUACAUGAGAUACCAGUCCAAUGAGAAGCAUACCAAGCUUCUCCACUGCGUCACGCGCUUCCAGGCAGUGUGGAGGGGCUAUUUGGUGAGAUGCGACCACUACAGGACGAUGCGGGACAUCACCCGCUUCCAGGCGAAGUGGAAGGGGACCCUCACUAGGCGUCGGCACCAGGUCAUCAUUAAAGCUGGCCUGACGAUCCAGCGCAACUACCGCGGCCGCCUCUACGGGCGGCGGCCGAUGAAAGAGAUGAGGGAGGCUGCUGGCAAGAUCCAAGCCAUGACGCGGGGCGUGGCCUUGCGGGAGCAGAUCCGGACCCAGAACUGGGCGGCUUCCUACGUGCAAGCACACUGGCGAGGCUACCAGGCGCGGAAGCUCACGGCAAAGCGCCUCAAGUCGGCCGUCAUCCUGCAGAGGAAUUGGCGCCGCUUCCAGUCGCAGCUGGACGUCAAGGUGGUCCUCUACGACAAGAUGGAGACUGUGAGGCAGCGGUUCCUGGAGCUGAUCCGGUCCAAGCUGGAGGGCUCCGCCGCAGUGCUGAUUCAAAGGAAUUGGCGGAGACACUCAGAGUAUCACCGGGUGGUCCAGAUGAGGAAGCAAAAGGCGGAGGCUGAUAAGCGCAUCAGCACGCUGCUGACUGCCUUCUACAUGGCUGCGGGAGAGAUUCGGCACUACAUCCACCCGUGGUGGCGACACCUGCCCGAGGAGAUCCAAGAGGUGCUGUCGCAGGUGAAGGCGUCCAUGCAGCGGACCAUCGGCUUGGUGCACGUUACAGGAAAGCUGGCCAACGAGGAGAUUGGCAAAAGAGGCCUCCGCGUGUCGGGCCAGGAGCAUUUGGAGUAUCACAGUGAGAAGCCAGACCUGGUCUCCCACAUGCUGCUGUCCGUGACACGGCACCUGUUGAACCAGAUCUCAGAGGAGCAGUUCCCACAGACGGUGGACUGGGCCUGCUACGCCAUCGGGCACCAAGCGGUGAAGUUGGCCACCAGCAGGUCCUUCAUCCCCCGGGAGAUCAUCCCAGUGGGCAAGGAGCUCCCGGCACACCCCGGGGACUCGCUGGCCACGCUUUGGGACUCCACCGGCACGGUGAAGCACCACCACGACUGGCUGAUGACGUCCUCUGAAGAGAGCCUGCCAUGUCUGGUCCUCAAUGGCUUGCCGGCCGGGCACCGCCACGUCUUCCUGACGGCCGAGGUGCUGGUCACCAUGCGCCAAGCUCUGGAGUCCCCCACCGUGUCCACAGAGGAUCACCUGCGGUUCCAGGGCCUGGACGCCACGGCGGGGGCCCAGAUGAUGGAGGUGCUGGGCAGCGAGCUGGACCACCGCCUGCCCUCGGACUGGACCCAGCAGCACGGCACCGUGGCCUCCCUGGCGGUGGUGCUCAGCAACCACAUGAAGGAGCUCUGUGCGGACCCCAAGGACAAGGCGGCCAUCGGCAAGGCGAAGGCCAAGUCCAAGUCCAAGGCGUGA